AUGCCCAGAGAACGGAAAGUACCAUCCCCGCGCAAGUCCCUAGGUGGCAGUCAAGGCUCGCUCCUCGACUUCUUCCCGCGACGAGCUUCUCAAUCGCUACCUUCGUCGUCGCAACCAGGACCAUCGCAGGUCAGAAGCCCAACGAAGGCUGCGGGUCCAAGCGCGUCAAGCAGGCCCAGGAAGAAGGCGAAUACUCCUGCACGCCCCGCGCAGGAGGUCAUAGUUAUCUCGACCUCGUCGGACGCGACUCAUAUCACCAUCUCCUCAGACUCCCCAUCCCACAUCUCCAUCUCUAGCGACAGCAGUGUCCCUCGUGCACGCGCACCUAUGCAGCUCAGCAGGCGAAGCGGCCCAGGCGCUGCACCUGCUCCUCGCCUCACUCUGAAACCGCACGAACAUCUAGUCACGAGCACACCUGCUAAAACUACAUAUCUGCCCGCAUCCCUGCCUCCGUUGCCUCCAAUGUCUCAACUGCGCAACCGUAGCCACUCUGUUGUCAAGUCGAGACCAUCUCCUAAAAGAGUUUUCGAGCUGGAGGAUGAUUCUGAUGAGGGGAAGCCCCUAGAGCACUACCGUGUUCCCAGAAAGGUGCCGACUUCCUCGAAGGAGUUUUUCUCUCCAAAGAAGACUUCGAAGGCUUCGGCGCGAAAGAGGGCACUUGCUCCCAGAGACAAUGUUCUGGUCUCAACGGCUAAAGGCGACAUUGCUCGAUCUGGCAGAAAACCGACACCGACGAAGCGCGCUCGUCUCGACGACCAUGUUGUGUACACGUUGAGUUCUGGCAACGAGGCGGAUAUGGAAGAACUGAUUCCUAGCAGUCAGUCUGACGAACAAGAGUUGAGCAUUGCCAAGAUUGUGAAGAAGAAUCCUGCCGAAGUGAAGGAGAGCAUUGACAAGUGGAGGAAAGAGACGUGUGUGGGUGCGUCAGAUCCAGAGUGUGCCCCGUUGAAAAGCGAGUCACUUGAACAUGGCGGAGACUCUAAGCAUGAUAUUGACAUGGCUAUGGAUGUCGAUGUCUCACAAGUAGAUGAUUCUGCUCUUGCCGGCAGGGAAAAUCUCUCACUGCAGUCAGAGGCGGAAGUCAGCGCACAACUUUUCACACCGGUCGAUUCUCCAGACGGUCGCGCUGCACUUUCAACUGCUAUUUCUUUGCCUGCCUCACCAGCUCGGAAGCUCAGGUCUGACAGCCCGCUGUUCACUGCUCCCCUGACCCCCCCACGAAGCAGCCAGCCUCCUUCAUUGCCUCCUACCCCUGCUGCCCUGGAUGCAGAUUCCAAGGCUGCAAAAAUCAUUGCCGAGAUCAGAGCCAACGCCUAUAAGGCUGUUACUUCCAGCCCGGAGGAGGCGCUGCGCGAACUUAGCGAGCUGAGUGAUAGCAGCGACGAGUCCGACGACGACAUCAUGGCUAUGCUGAACAAAGACAAAGACAACAGCAAAACCAGCGCAUCUGUUCCGUCUGAAUCGACCCUAUCCGAUCUGGACGGCUCUUGCGAUUCCGAGGCCGAGUCCGAGCCCAGAUAUAAUAUGCGCCGUCGUGACCCUAGCAGCAAUGAAGAUUCAAAGCUUCCGUCAUUAUAUGCGACUUUCACAGAAGAGAAGCGCAAGCCGCGACGGAAGUCCGAUCCACUCGAUGCGCUGCUCAAGGAAAAGAAUCAGGCUGACAAGCACGGCAGGGGGAUAAACGCGUUGCGCGCUGCUGAGGCUGCUCUGGCUUCUUCGUCUCGAACGAAGGAGACCGUCAAGUUCGAAUCUGAUGAUGAAGAUCCAUUUAUUUCGCCUCGUGCGCAUGAGAAAGUGGCGCAUGUUCCCAUCGAGGAGUCGCCAGGGCUGGAACACAAGUCUCACGAAGGCGACGGCUAUGAAUCCACAAGUGAGGACGAGCAGCUACAAGAGGGUGAAUAUGAGAGGAUUCUGGGAGAGGAAGGUGGAAAGGCGGUCGGUGAUAUCCUGGCGAAGGAUCGCAGGCUGAAGAUGACGGCCAAGCAGAAGAAGAACCAGAAGAAAGGGCGCAUUCUUGGAGUGCCGUUCUGGGACACGCAUUUGCCCGAUGACGGCGAUGAGGCGAUGGAGGCCGACUCCAUUCCUCCGCUGCCGUUUGACCAGGUAGAGGCCAGUGAACAUCCUUUCCUUAGCUCGCUCUUUCAGGCUGUACAUGGCAACGACGUCGAGCUCUUGCUUAGCCUGCUUGUUCCACAUUUCUUAGUGUGUCUAGAGCAGCCGCAUUUGCAACGCAUUGUCCCAUGGCUAUUCCUCCUGGUCACAUCGUCUGGUGAUUCGCCCUACAGCGAAUCGGCAUACAAUAGUCUGUUGCAGAUCGCUGCUUCGGUGCCUAUAGCAUUGGCCACUUCUGUUUCGCUGUCAUUCUCCAUCAUACUCGACACUUUGAUACGUCUGGGCGCCAGUGAGAGUGUCAUCAAGGCAAUGGAUUGGAGUUCGGAGGCACGCCCAUUAUCACAAAUCGAUGGACAAUGCAGAGUGGCCCUUGUUCAUCGUCUGCUCGACCUUGUUGCUACAUUCGCUCAGCGUAGCGCUCUGCUAGUUAACGAUGUCCCGGAUAUCAUGUGGUCCCUCCUCCUUGUGGGAUUAGACCCGGUGACCAGUCCUGAGUUGAGCAGAGAGAUCAUGGUCGUGGUUGAGUCUGUCGGGCGAAGUAUUCCAUCUGGAGACCAUGUUCCCUUCUCUGUCGAGGCUGUCGCUUGCUGCAAGAUCGUGCGAUCCGCAAAGACCUUCACUCCGAUGAACCAAGCGCAUCUGCUCUCCCAUCUCAUAGGUGGUUGUCCGCAGACAAAUCGGAUGGCGCGAAUUAUUGCCCGUUGUUUCCUCCUUGAUGAAGAGCCGCCGUCAACGGAAACGUACUGCAAGUACCCCUCUUUACUGCCCAUCGUCUCUUUAUUAUCUCCUCCGUCUGGCUCCGAGGCCAUCUUCGACAUCCAAGGAAAUGCGGAUAAUGACGAUUACUACGAGGAUCUCGUGUGCUAUCUCGAUAUUCUCGGCAAGGCAUUGACGGACAUAGAGGGAUACAUUUUGCUUGAAAAGCAGCAACGCAGUGAGCAGGAUAGCCCCGUUAAGGAUAGGGGCUCGCCAACGAAAGAGAGGCCUGCGACGCCAUUAGAACAGAUCAGAAUAUCACUAGACAGCCUGCAUGGCAAAAUUGUGGACACUCGCGCCGCUCAUCUGGACCGUUCACGCGCGAAGGCCGCAUUGCAGCGUCUAUCUUUCCGUGUGCAUUACCAGCGCAUGGCGGCCCUCCGCUCUGGCCCUGGUACUGGCAAGCCACGAAACCUGCAUGGCUAUUUCGGACAGCCUAGAAACUAG